AUUCCAUGAAUUUAAUUAUCAUUUGGAUUUUCAAAGCAAUGAUAACUAAACCAGCCACGAGCACAAUAUGAGUUAAUUAGAAGUGAAGGGAAGAAUAAUUCAAAAUUUACAAAUUUUACUUUAAGUUGUUUACUUUGUUUUUAUAACUGUUGAAAUUACCCUUUAACAUUAACUGAAAAAAUGUCUGCAAAAAAACUGUCUCAAGAAGAUUUGAGGAAACUUAUGAAAGAAAAAAGAGAAAAUUUAAAAUCACAAAAAGUUGACUCACCGUUUGCAAAAUAUAACAGCUCAGGUCAGCUUAGUUGCACUAUAUGUAAUAUAGUAAUAAAAAGUAAUAAUUUGUGGGUGGCUCAUAUUGGAGGAAAAACUCAUAAAGAAAAUUUACACAAAGCGAAAAAGGGCAGUGCUGACAACCCUCCAAGCAAUGAUAUUGCAGUUGGAAUUAAAAGAUCUAUUGAACAGCCAAAUGUUCUGAAAAAAGCUAAAACAGAUGAGUUCAAAGUGCCUCAAGUUCCACAAGCUACAAAGCCAACUGCUGCAGCUAAUCUCUUAGCUAGUUACUCAUCAGAAUCGUCAUCUGAUGAUUCUGAAGAUGAAGACAAAACCGCAACUGCGACUACAUUUUCUGCUUUACCCACAGAUUUUUUUGAUAAUUCUACACCAAAUGGAGUUCUUCCUGAAUCUGCAAAAGUUCCAGAUGACCAAAAUAAAACCAAAGAUGCUUCUAAAAAAGCUGAAACUUUACCUGAAGGCUUCUUUGAUGAUCCUAUACUAGAUGCCAAGGCUAGAAAAGUUGAAUAUGUAGAUCCUCAAGAAGAAGAAUGGGAAAGAUUUAAGAAAAGUAUAGCUGAAGAAACAAAUGUAUCAAAAUCCAUUAUAGAAGAAGAUUUGCAAGAAAGUACUACGGAGCGUGAAAUAUUUCUAUUAGAUGAAGAAAUACACAACUGGCAACGAAAAAAUAAUCUUGAAGUACUAGCUGAAUCUGUAAAAACAAAAGCUGCUAUUAAAGAAGAACCUAAAAAUGAAUCAGAUAGUACUGAUGAAGAUUUAGAUGAAGAUGAAUUACUAGACUGGAGAAUAAAAUCAAUUAAGAAAAAAUGAUUUAGUUUUCAAAUUCCUAUUGUUGUAAUUAUAUCUUGUAAAUAUUUGUACAGAUUGGAAAUGAUUAAAGCACUAUAUUUAU